CGCCUACGUCGGGCUGCGUGACAAUGGGGCGGGCGGCGGCACGCGGCUGCGGCGGCCGGGGGCCUCGGGGGGGCGGAGCCGCUUCCUCUACCGCCGCAGCCCCCUUCGGGAUUUGAAAGAUUAAAAACUCCGGGUGCAGAGGGCGGCGGCGUUGAAUGUGUGGCGGAAGUGCUAGGGGCCACGGCUCGGCGCCGAGCCGGGCGGCCGGCGGCGUCUCCACAGCAUGAAUUACCCGGGCCAUGGGUCUCCGCGGAGCUCCGAGCGUAACGGCGGCCGGGGCGGCGACGGCGCCGCCUGGGAGCUGGGCUCGGACGCGGAACCGGCGUUCGGCGGCAGCGUCUGCCGCUUCGACCACCUGCCCGCCGGGGACCCUGGCGAUGACGAGGUGCCCCUGGCCUUGCUGCGCGGGGAGCCCGGGCUGCACUUGGCGCCGGGCGCGGAGGACCACAACCACCACCUGGCGCUGGACCCCUGUCUCAGUGACGAUAACUAUGACUUCAGCUCGGCCGAGUCGGGCUCCUCACUGCGCUACUACAGCGAGGGCGAGAGUGGAGGCGGCGGCAGCUCCUCGUCGCUGCACCCGCCUCAGCAGCCGCCGCUGGUCGCGUCGAACUCGGGGGGCGGCGGGGCGGCUGGAGGGGGCCCCGGGGAGAGGAAGCGCACCCGGCCCGGCGGCGCGGCCGCCCGGCACAGAUACGAGGUGGUGACGGAGCUGGGCCCAGAGGAGGUGCGCUGGUUCUACAAGGAGGACAAGAAGACCUGGAAGCCCUUCAUCGGUUACGACUCUCUCCGCAUCGAGCUCGCCUUCCGAACGCUGCUGCAGGCCACGGGGACCCGAGCCCGGGCCCAAGACCCGGACGGCGACCAUGUGUGCGGCCCGGCCUCCCCCGCCGGUCCGGCCUCCAGCUCCAUGGAGGACGAAGACGAGGACCGCGUCUGCGGCUUCUGCCCGCGCAUUGCGGGGCACGGGCGCGAGAUGGAGGAGCUGGUGAACAUCGAGCGGGUGUGUGUGCGGGGCGGCCUCUACGAGGUGGAUGUGACCCAAGGAGAAUGCUACCCGGUGUACUGGAACCAGUCUGAUAAAAUACCAGUAAUGCGUGGACAGUGGUUUAUUGAUGGUACCUGGCAGCCACUGGAAGAAGAAGAAAGUAAUUUAAUUGAGCAAGAACAUCUUAGCCGUUUUAGAGGUCAGCAGAUGCAGGAAAGUUUUGAUAUUGAAGUGUCGAAACCCAUAGAUGGAAAAGAUGUUGUCUACCACCUCCCUCCCUUCUCCCUCCCUUCUCUGUUCAAAUGGAGAGGAUAUAAGGAGAGUACAGAUGCAGCAGGUCUUAAACGAAAGCGUUCCCAAGCUAUUCAUAGUUUCAAAUUGAGUCGAAACCAUGUGGACUGGCACAGUGUGGAUGAAGUAUAUCUGUAUAGUGAUGCAACAACAUCUAAAAUUGCAAGAACAGUUACUCAAAAACUGGGAUUUUCUAAAGCAUCAAGUAGUGGGACCAGACUUCAUAGAGGUUAUGUAGAAGAAGCGACAUUAGAAGACAAGCCAUCUCAGACUACCCACAUCGUAUUUGUUGUGCAUGGCAUUGGACAGAAAAUGGACCAAGGAAGAAUUAUCAAAAAUACAGCCAUGAUGAGAGAGGCUGCAAGAAAAAUAGAAGAAAGGCAUUUUUCCAACCAUGCAACACAUGUUGAAUUUCUGCCUGUUGAGUGGCGGUCAAAACUUACUCUGGAUGGAGACACUGUUGAUUCCAUUACUCCAGACAAAGUGCGAGGUUUAAGGGAUAUGUUAAACAGCAGUGCAAUGGACAUAAUGUAUUAUACUAGCCCACUGUAUAGAGAUGAACUAGUUAAAGGCCUUCAGCAAGAGCUCAAUCGACUAUAUUCCCUUUUCUGUUCCCGGAAUCCAAACUUUGAGGAAAAAGGGGGUAAAGUCUCAAUAGUGUCACAUUCCUUGGGAUGUGUGAUCACUUAUGACAUAAUGACUGGCUGGAAUCCAGUUCGACUCUAUGAACAGUUGCUGCAGAAGGAAGAAGAGUUGCCUGAUGAACGAUGGAUGAGCUACGAAGAACGUCAUCUUCUUGAUGAACUCUAUAUAACAAAACGACGGCUGCGAGAAAUUGAAGAACGGCUACGUGGUUUGAAAGCAUCAUCUAUGACACAAACACCUGCCUUAAAAUUUAAGGUUGAAAAUUUCUUCUGUAUGGGAUCCCCACUAGCAGUUUUUUUGGCAUUGCGUGGCAUCCGCCCAGGAAACACCGGAAGUCAAGACCAUAUUUUGCCCAGAGAGAUUUGUAACCGAUUACUAAACAUUUUUCAUCCAACAGAUCCAGUGGCUUAUAGAUUAGAACCGUUAAUACUGAAACACUACAGCAACAUCUCACCUGUGCAGAUCCACUGGUAUAAUACAUCCAAUCCUCUACCUUACGAGUAUAUGAAGCCAAGCUUUCUUCACCCAGCGAAAGAUCCUACCUCAGUUUCAGAGAAUGAAGGCAUCUCAACAAUACCAAGCCCUGUGACUUCGCCAGUCUUGUCUCGCCGACACUAUGGGGAAUCUAUAACAAAUAUAGGCAAAGCAAGCAUAUUAGGGGCUGCAAGCAUUGGAAAGGGACUUGGAGGAAUGUUGUUCUCAAGAUUUGGACGUUCAUCUGCAUCACAGCCAUCUGAGACAUCAAGGGACUCCAUAGAAGACGAGAAGAAGCCAGUUGCCUCACCGCCCAUGACCACCGUGGCAACGCAGACCCUUCCACACAGCAGUUCUGGCUUUCUUGACUCUGCAUAUUUCAGACUUCAAGAAUCGUUCUUUAAUCUCCCACAACUUCUUUUUCCGGAAAAUGUAAUACAGAAUAAAGAUAAUACCCUCGUGGAACUGGAUCACAGAAUUGACUUUGAACUCAGAGAAGGCCUUGUGGAGAGCCGCUAUUGGUCAGCUGUCACGUCGCAUACUGCCUAUUGGUCAUCCUUGGAUGUUGCCCUCUUCCUGUUAACCUUUAUGUACAAACACGAGCACGAUAAUAAUGUGAAACCCAGUUUAGAUCCAGUCUGAACCCUUGAAGGACGUUAAUGGCCCAAAACUGAUUUUUUUCUUGUUAAAUAUGUGUGUCAAGAUAUGAAAGUUUCAGGUUUAAGUAUGUUUCAGUUUUGUUUAGGGCAAGAAAUAUUUGAUUUUGAAAGCACUUUAUUUUAUUUAAAAAAGCAAAACAAAUGUUCAGUUUGAAAGAAGUUAUUUAUAAUUUUCAUCAUUUUAAUUAUGAGUCUGACAGAACCCCCUGCAGAGAAUCAAGGAAGACCUGGAAUUGAGGAAGAUUUGGGUGACCUGCAAGAUUAUAAAUCACAAUCUAAUUUCUCCCAAAUAUAAAGGCUUAUUAAUGGGUUGAACCUAAUGUAUUAACCAAAGUAUGUUUUAAAUCUAAAAUGAUCAAGGUCCAGGAUAGUCUGUGUAAAGAUCACAAGGUGGUAUCAUUGUUUUAGAUUUCUAUGAAAACUUCCAUUUCCACAAUUUCUUUGAAACAUGAGUUUAAAAUGUUUUGAAUUUAACUUGUUUAGAAAACCUAAUGCUGAGAGAAACAUUUGAACUACUGUAUUUAUAGUUUAUUACCUCUGGACUAAUUGCUUUAUGUCAACGUAUGAAACAUUACAUUUUUAAAAAAUUUCUUUGAACAAUUUAAGAACCACAUUUAUUUUCUGAAGUGUUAAGACCCUUUUUUCUCAGAACUCCAUCUUUGUACUCGUCAGAUGAAUAUAUAGACACUGUGGCAUAAUUUCAGUAUUUUUUCCAUUAAAAACUUGUAGUUUCACACAAAUAACACUAGUUCAAUUAUUUUGAAAAAGAAAGUGAACUUUUUAUUAUGUCACAUGCACUUCAGAGAAAACUAAAGUUUUCUACUUGACACAGAAUACUCCAGAAUAGGUACAUUUAGUAAACUUUAUUGGAAAACUAGUCAAUUUCUUUGGAGUAGGGAGUAUAACUAUUUUAAUUACGUAUAUAAGCAUCCGUGUGCCAAACAAAUAACAUAUACAAAGGGGAUAGAGUGCCCCAACAAAUUUUUUAAGUGUUUUGAGGAAUUGUAGUUGCAACAUAGACACAAUAGUUCAGGAUUCUGAGGCAUUGAAAGAGUUUCCUCAGCUGUCAUUUUUUCCACAGUGCUUUUCAUCUGAGGAGCUCAAAGUGCUUUGCGAUUUAAUAAUCUAUGUAGUAGCUCCUUGAGGUAAGUGAAUGAGUGUUAUUCUCAUGUUCCAUGUUAACACACUAAGGCACCAAAAUAUAUAAAGUACCUUGAAUUAGAUGACAGAGCAAACCAGGAGAACUCAGACUGAAGACAGGCCAUGUUCUUUUAUGUGCUGUUUGUUGGCUAACACACAUGACCUCUUAUUUUGCAAAUAAUAAUAAUAACAGAAGUUGCGAUUCAUAACUUGGAGAAAUGACUGAAACUGGUCCUUCACCCUACUGGUCAUAUACAUUCUUGAGUUCUCACAGGCAAAGGAGGAGUUACUUACAAGGGAUCAGUAACCAUUUCUGCCACAGUCAACCCUCACUUCUGAGAGGCUUCCACUGGGGUUCUAUUUAAGGUGCUGCCAUUGCUUAUCUUAGCUUCACAGAAAUCAUUGUCAAACUAGGAGCAAAGUUGGUCAGUUAUACAUCUCACCUUCUUUAUGAGAUAUAGAAAUCUUUGGCUUACUCGUAGACUUUUCUUGGUUGGCCUUUCAUUGAAUUUGCACAACAUAAAGCACUUCUUAGUGCUUAAAAAGAUCCUAGUCUCCAUGCCCAAAUAUGUGACUCACUAAGAAACUCUUGCUAUAAAAGGCUUUUGAUGCUAUCUUAGCAAAGCUGAAGCAAUGUCUUUCAAAUUUAGAGAUUCCUGUGAACAAAGGUCAUUCUCAUACCCUGUUUAUUUCAUAGCUCUGUUUAGUUUUCAGGAGAAUUAAACUUCCAUCUCAUAUGACUGUUUCAUUAAAGGUACAUGAGUUUUUGGGUCUUAAGACAUUCAAAUGCCUCAGAGCUUUAAGGGAUUCAUUCUUAACCACUAGAAUGUUAAGAGCCCCUUUCACCUGAGGGGAGUGAAAACCUAUCAAACCUUUUAAUUUGAUAUUCAGUGAAAGGAAAAGUAUACUCCCAUAGCUAUAGGAAUACAUCAGCUUCCACUUUUUCAUGUUAGGGAAAAAAUCCAAUUUAGCCACAUGGAAGUUAUUUGAAUUCUUGAAAAGAGCAAUAUUCAAAACCACCUUUUCAAAAUGAGAUAUUCUGGAUUAUUGGACAGGUGUUUUGUUUUGAAUUCAUAAUUUCAUAACCAUGGCGAUUUUUAUUUCACAGUACUCUUCUUGUUUCCAUGUCUCUGCAUGUUAUCAUGGAAUGUACUUGUAUAUACUCAGGUAAUAUACAGAGUAUGUGUAAUUCUAGCUUGAUUUAGAAGCUAAGUCAGUUACUGAGUAACAUUUUGCAACUUUAUUCCUGCAAGUACUAAAUUGGCCAAAAAGUUCUGUUUUUGAUACCAUUAAAAUUUUAUUCUCUACUUUGUGUACCUGCUAUGAUGAUUCUUCUGAGUACUGGUCAGACCAUUCAAACAAUUUUAAUCCAGUUAGGCCCCCAAGAAUUAUUUAUACGUAGAAUAAGGAGAAUGUUUUGUUAGUUCAUAACUUUAUUUUUGACAGUAAUUAUACUUGUGUUAUAAUCCAGUGUUACAGUAUAUUAGCACUUAUUAAAAAAUGUUCUUGGUUUCCUGGUAACUAAUUUAUAUUGAAGUAAGCCUUAGGAAUCUUUUAUUUUACUUCUGUUAGAUAGCAUCUGUCAGCCUUCGGGAAUUCUCACACUGAACAAGUUCUUUAGAAGGUCUCAGAUGGUGACAUGUAAACAUUCAUCUCAUUUUCUCUGUUUCCUCACUGGAGCUGAAGUAUUCUGGUCUUAUUCUGGCUUUGCCUACCCCUAAAGAGUAAACAGGAAAAAAAACCAUCAGUGGAGUAUCACAACCAAUUCCACAACUCCUUCCAGUGAUGACACUUUGAGCCCCUUAAGGUAGAACUAGACCAAACCUUGAGAGUUCACUCUAAGGCCUACAGUAGAGGAAAAAUAAUUGAGUUGCUUUCUGAUUAAUUAGGUGGUUAAUAUUUCUGUCUUCUCAGCCACAAUGAGUAGGGCAUUUAGACAAUUGGGGAAACUUAAUUUGAGUGCAUGUCUUAGAACUGUUUGAAUAAUAUUUUGUUAGCUUGGAAAUGAGGCUAAAAAAAGAUAUGUGAUAUUAAAGAAGGAUCAAGGCAAAGGUAAAAAGAUGAUGUAGCAGUCCUUCAAUGGAGAAAGAACUAGAACUUGACCAGACAAGUCUGAGUGUUGGAUAGUUGACUUCUGUGGUUAUUCUCAGGUUUCUCUUAUCCGGAUUCUGCUUGUCAUCCUUCUGCAUGAAUACUUCUGCCUCAGGCCUCUGCCAGCAAUCUGCUGGUCCUCUGACUGAAUUUGAAACACAUGCAGGGACUUCCCUGGCGGUCCAGUGGUUAAGGCUCCAUGCUUCCAAUGCAGGGGUGUGGGUUUGAUUAAGAUUGCCACCCCAAAAAAAGUGCGUUAAGUAUUUUUAUGGCUAGAUAUGGGCAAUACAUACUGUUUCCUGGCAUUUUAUAAUAACUUACCUACAUAGAAAAGCUUUUGCUGUAUCUACAGCAUAUUUGGCAGGAAGCACCCCUACUGAACUCUUAAUGUUAAUUCUAGGAUGGGUCUAAGAACCUUGAAACCCACGCUGUCUCCAUUUGCUUUAGUCAAGGGGAAAGGAAGUUGCCAAGGAAAUACUUGUUGUAUUGAGCUUGGAACAGUGUACAGAAUGGCAGGAUAUAAAAUUUCAUCUUGAAGCUCUCAUUUAGUAAAUGUUAGUGCUGGCAUGAUAACAGCCUAGAUUAUAUGCAUCCUGUUUCAGUCUUCAUUGGAUAUUUGCAGUAAUUUUCAGAGGAUCUUAAAAUUUCAGAUGUCAUCUCAUCCAACCAUGUUUUAGUUUGAUGUAAGCAUUUAAAUAGCAUAAAGGUCUUGAAAAAUGAAGGGACAGCAUGUUAGGUUGAGCCCAAAGACAUUGAAAGACUAAGUACUUGGCAGUAGAGGAGGGAGGUUAUGGUCUCUCUACAGAAAAAUGUCAUUGACCAUAGUGGAAUUGACCAUCCUUUUCAAAAAUGUGUUAUGCAGACUUUAAUAGAUGUUGGUUCAGAAAAUAAGUUUGGGAAAUGCCAGAUUUAGAAGACUUUUACAGCAGGACUUCAGGAGCUCUCAGUGUGUUAAAUGCAAUGUGAAUCUGGUGCUGAAAGGUGGAGAAGGGAAGUUUUUCCAAACUUACUUAACCAUUGUUAAUGGCAACCCAUUCCAGUAUUCUUGCCUGGAGAAUCCCAUGGACAGAGGAGCCUGGCGGGCUACAGUCCAUAGGGUCACAGAGUCAGACGUGACUGAAGUGACUUAAUAUUCAGCACAGCAUUUAUAUGAACAUACUUAGGAAAAUGCUGUCACACUUAAGUCCUAAAGAGAUGUAUCCUUUUGUUUGACAAAUGACACUCUAAGAUCAGAUGGCCAGCCAGUGAUAAGAGUCAGUGCCUGUUUCCUUCCCAUAAUACAUUGGGAGCUCCUAAAGGGCAGAAUCCUCCCACCCUCCUGGGUGGAGGAGGAUAGGAGGGGUGCCUCUUCCUCAUCCCCUCCCCCAGCUCCAGCUGUAACCUGAUGCUGAUGCUUUAGGAGCUGCAAGCUCUCCGCAGAGGUUCCCCAGUUGGUCUCCUUUGUUCCCGGGCUCUUG